AUGGCUUCCCCUUUCACCGGCGGGCUUCUCCACUGGGAGAAGCAUUAUGGAAACUCCACAUGCGAUGGACAAAAGGCUGGCGAUCUCCAAGCGAACUGCAGUGGCACUGCCUACAAUGCAGACAAAUCAGGGAAAGCCCCAGAAAGCGCAACACAGAAGGAAGCAAGCCGCAGCGAAAGCCACUCUCAGGCUUCAGGGUUUCCGGACCAUUCCCAAAGGUUUCCUCCUCCUGUCCUGUCGACCCUGAGUCUGGAUGAGAGAUUUGAACGAUGCAUGGCAGUCGCCGAAGAAUGCAUUCAACCCGAGGAGCUGAGAUCCCUUUUGGAGAAAAAGGCGAACCCUAUUGCCUAUGACGGCUUUGAGCCAAGCGGACGCAUGCACAUUGCCCAGGGUCUCAUGAAGGUGAAGAACGUCAACAGACUAACGAGCGCCGGCUGUGUCUUUGUGUUUUGGGUUGCGGAUUGGUUUGCAAUGCUCAACAACAAAAUGGGGGGCGAUCUGAAAAAGAUUCGCAAGGUGGGCGAAUACUUCGUGGAAGUUUGGAAAUCCGCGGGCAUGAAUAUGGACAAUGUGCGGUUCCUUUGGGCCAGCGAGGAAAUCGGAAGGGCGCCAGAUCAGUACUGGCAACUCGUGAUGAACAUUGCAAAAGCAAAUAGUAUUUCGAGGAUCAAGAGGUGCUCUCAAAUUAUGGGCCGUUCUGAGGGCGACGACCAGCCAGCAGCGCAAAUCAUGUACCCGUGCAUGCAGUGCGCAGACAUCUUUUACUUGCAGGCUGAUAUUUGCCAGUUGGGAAUGGAUCAACGGAAGGUGAAUAUGCUAGCGCGAGAGUACUGCGACGAAAUUAAGCGGAAGCACAAACCCGUUAUUCUCUCUCACCAUAUGCUGCCAGGUCUCCUCGAGGGGCAGGAGAAAAUGUCAAAGUCCAACGCGGACUCAGCCAUUUUCAUGGAAGACUCAGAAGCCGUGAACAGGAAGAUAAAGAAGGCAUUUUGCCCUCCAGGCCAGCUGAAGGACAACCCAUGCAUUGCGUAUGUUGAGCAUUUGGUGUUCCCGGACUCGCCAUUUGAGGUGUUGCGAUCGGCGGAAAAUGGGGGGAACGUGACAUUUAGAACAGUAGAGGAAUUGAGAGAGAGCUACGCUUCAGGUGCUUUACAUCCUGGGGAUCUCAAGGCUUCCUUGGCAAGAGAAAUUAAUAAGAGGCUAGAACCUGUCCGCAAGCACUUUCAAACGGAUGAUCGUGCAAAAAAACUCCUGCAACAGAUCUCCGCAUAUCGCAUAACGCGCUGA